AAAUGUAUCUAUUUUUCAUUUGCAUCUGAUAUAUUAAUUACAUAUAUUUUUAUUGCAACAUUGAUAAAUUACUUUGACAGAUUUUGAUUUAUAGCAAUCAUGGCUUUACGAACAGCUUUAUUAGUUCUUUUCAUAUGGUGUUUAUGGUCGAUACACCAUGGAGCCGAAGGAAAAAGUACACCCUCGGAAAAACAAAGUAAUAAGCCAGUUAAAACUAUUCAAACGACGAACGGCCAUGUGUAUAAUUGCAUAGAAUUUCACAAGCAACCUGCUUUUUAUCAUCCUUCUUUGAAGAACCAUACUGUUCACUUUGAUGAGAUAAAACAAUAUGUUGAGAAACAUAGUAUUAAAAAAAAUGGAACCAAUUUAAAGAGCAUGUGGCUGAACGGUGAAGGAUGCCCAAACGGUACCGUUCCAAUUAGGGAAGUGGCCAAUAAUAAAUUCAUCAAUAACAAAUUUCCGAGUAGUGGAGUUUCUGAUAUAAAAGUAGGUUUUCAAGAUCGUCCCAAUCCUGGUGCCCAUUAUGCAAUUAUUCGGACAAAAGAACCCGGUCGACGGUACUAUGGAGCUGGGAUGGGAGUCAGUUUGUAUAACCCUCAGGUUGAAGGUUCUCAAUAUAGUGCUGCUCGCCUCAAACUUGCAAAUGGACCAGAUAGUAUAGAAGUUGGCUGGAUGGUGAAUCUCAAUCUUUAUGGAGAUCUUUUAAGUCAUCUUUACAUAUUUACUAAUGGAGGAAAUUCACAUUGUUACAAUACACAUUGUCUUGGAAUAAUAUCUGUUAGGGAGGAUUUUCCUGUGGACGCAGUUCUCAUGCCAACUUCUACUCGGGGCAGCAGCGGAGAACAAUAUCCAACGUAUUUAUUCAUCUACAAGGAUCAAAUGAAUGGAAAUUGGUUUCUUAGAGUAAAUGAUAAGAUUAUUGGGUUUUGGCCACCACAAAGAUUUGAAUUUUUAGGAGAAAGCGCUAACUAUGUAGACUGGGGAGGAGAAGUGUUCAGUCCUCCUAAUUUGCCUAAUCCGCCGAUGGGUGCCGGCAAUAGUAGACUCUUCAAAUCCUACGAUCAAGAUGCAUUUGGCUUCCAAGUAGAGGUUAUAAAUGAAGAUCAUAAAGUUGUGGAUGCAUCAAAUAUUGAAAAAUAUUCAAAUUUAGAUGUCUAUCAUGUCGAGGACGGAGGUUUUGAUCCCAUUUGGAGAAAAAAGUUUUAUUUUGGCGGAUCAGGAUCCAACCCGGACAAGGAUGGCGAGGGGGGCAAACUUCCCCCAUUUUAUGAUUAUCCCCAUUAAUUACUCCAAUGGAUAUGGGAUGAGAAAAAUUCAUUUUUUAUUCACGGGGAUGAAAAAAGGAUAGGAAGUGUAGUCUCCAUUUUAUGGAUAUCCCCAUCCAUGUUCCAAUAGGAACUUAAUGUAUAUGAGAAUGUGCUAUUACCAAUUUUUUAUAUAUAAUUUAUAGUAGUAUUCGGUUUAA